GCAGGAGAGAUGCGAACGACUGGAAAGAGAGGCGAGGGAGGAAGCAGCUUGAAAAGAGGAGGCGAUGUGGAGGGAAGCAGAGAAAAAGAGACUCGAGGAACUGGCGGAAAGACGAAGAUACGAGGACGAGCGUGAUGCACGUUUGCUGCGUAUGGUGCGUGAGGAAGUGCUACGUGGUGAGGAAAAGGAAGAUGUUGGGAUUGUUGCUAAGAAGGUCAAGAAAGUUGUGAAAGUAAUAAGGACGAACGAGCGGGGUGAGACACCUGACGAAGAAAAGGAACGGCUCCGAGGUAUGAUCGCAGUUGGUGAAACCGAAGAGGCGGAGUUCGAAGACGACGAGCUGCUUAGGCUGCGUCACAGGGCAGCUGGUCUUAGCUUGAACGAUAAGAGAAAAUGGGGCAAGGAAAUGGCGGUGGGAGACAGCCCGCCGAUGACCACACCGAUGAAAGGGCAGCGCACCGGCUUGUGCAUUGGAGCCAAGACAUGGAUUAGCGAAACCCGGAGCGAAGGGGGAGCCGUGGCUGGAAGCUCGGCGUCGAUACUAGAACCACUCGGGAAGAUCUCAUUGUCUCUCAAACAUGUGACGGCUGGCACUGGACCAGGAGCGCGUGAGAGAUACGAAAAUGAGUGUCGCGAGAUUUUUGAGGCAUUGACCGUCGACGAACUGAAGGACGCUUGUAAAGCCGAGCACGUCGUAUAUGGGAAGAGAGAAAUGGCUAUUAAUCGGUUGGUGAAGAGGAGAGUGGUCAAAGCCUACGACCCUGUUAACGUUCCUUUGCCGGAGACUCCAGGGGUAGUCAGGCGAUCCGGAAGGAACAUCUGUUUGGUGGAGACGGACAGUGGCAAAGAUGACGAGGAGGCAUCCGAGUGAGGAUGCCGGCCUCAGGAUCUAUGGCGCAGGAUUGGCUUGGUAAC